AUGGCGACACCGAUAUUUAAUGCAUCUUGUAGCUUUCCAUCGACCAAAGGAAUCGAUUGCAAGAACUAUGUUGGUCUGAGAUCGACGACAGUGAGUAAAGUUCGAAUUGCUUCUCUUCCAAUUGCUACUGGUCAACGUCGCUCUCUUGUCAUAAGAGCCAGUGAAUCUGGCAACGGACAAGCGAAGAAGCUUGGAAGGACUGAUGCUGAGUGUGAAGCCGACGUUGCUGCCGGAAUUGUUCCCGAAGCACCUCCGGUUCCACCUAAACCGGCUGCUCCGGCUGGUACGCCGAUAAUCAAGCCUCUCAAUCUAAGCCGACGUCCACGUCGUAACCGAGCAUCUCCUAUUGCGAGAGCUGCUUUCCAGGAGACUAACAUCUCUCCUGCAAAUUUUGUAUAUCCACUUUUCAUUCAUGAAGGUGAGGAAGACACACCUAUUGGAGCCAUGCCUGGUUGCUAUAGGCUUGGUUGGAGGCAUGGUCUUGUACAAGAGGUUGCAAAGGCUCGGGCUGUUGGUGUCAACAGUAUCGUACUCUUCCCUAAAGUUCCCGAGGCUUUGAAGAAUCCGACAGGGGAUGAGGCAUACAAUGACAAUGGUCUGGUUCCUCGAACAAUUCGUCUUCUCAAAGACAAAUACCCUGAUCUUGUUAUCUACACUGAUGUUGCUCUGGAUCCCUACUCAUCUGAUGGUCAUGAUGGUAUAGUCAGAGAGGAUGGCGUAAUCAUGAAUGAUGAAACUGUGCACCAGCUGUGUAAGCAAGCUGUUUCUCAGGCCCGAGCUGKAGCGGAUGUUGUUAGUCCGAGUGACAUGAUGGAUGGUCGAGUAGGCGCAAUUCGUGCAGCUCUUGACGCUGAAGGCUUUCAUAAUGUCUCCAUCAUGUCUUACACAGCAAAGUAUGCAAGUUCGUUUUACGGUCCUUUCCGUGAAGCCCUGGACUCAAAUCCACGUUUUGGAGACAAGAAAACCUAUCAGAUGAACCCAGCCAAUUAUAGAGAGGCCUUGAUUGAGGCACGCGAAGACGAGGCUGAAGGAGCCGACAUUCUCCUGGUGAAGCCAGGUCUCCCUUAUUUGGACAUCAUACGGCUUCUCAGGAAUCAAUCUCCCUUGCCCAUUGCUGCAUACCAAGUUUCUGGGGAGUACUCGAUGAUCAAAGCUGGAGGAGUCCUGAAGAUGAUCGAUGAAGAGAAAGUGAUGAUGGAGUCACUCAUGUGCUUACGCCGAGCUGGUGCUGACAUUAUUCUUACCUACUUUGCUCUUCAAGCAGCUACUUGCUUAUGCGGCGAGAAGCGGUAG